AUGGGUGGUGGUGGUAGAGGAGGCAGGUCCCGCACUCAAAGAAAGCAUUUCCGCCAGAACAGAGAGAACGUGUGGAAGCGUUCCAAAUCGGAUCCCGAUCCUUCUUCAACAGAGAACAAUACUUCGUGGACUCCUUUCGCCACCGAGAACGCUGCUUUCGAUUUCUACUACAAAGAGCAGGGAAUAGUCGACCCCCAACAGUGGGAACAAUUCGUCGCUGUUCUCCGAACUCCAUUACCCGCAACCUUCAGAAUCAACUCUAGUAGCCAGUUUUCCGACGACAUUCGUUCUCAAUUGGAGUAUGAUUUCGUGCAUUCUCUUCGCGACGAGGUUGCUGAAGGGGUUGAGACUGAGGCUAUUCGGCCAUUGCUGUGGUACCCUGGGAAUUUCGCUUGGCAUUCAAAUUUUUCUAGGAUGCAACUUAGGAAGAAUCAAACUCUUGAGAGGUUCCAUGAAUUUUUAAAGCUAGAAAACGAGAUUGGAAAUAUCACAAGACAGGAAGCUGUCAGUAUGGUUCCUCCCCUCUUCUUGGAUGUGCACUCAGAUCAUUUUGUGCUUGACAUGUGUGCUGCACCAGGCUCAAAAACAUUUCAAUUGCUUGAGAUUAUACACCAAUCAAGUAAAGCAGGAUCGCUGCCUGAUGGGAUGGUUAUAGCAAAUGAUCUUGAUGUCCAAAGAUGCAAUCUUCUUAUUCACCAAACAAAGAGAAUGUGCACAGCCAAUCUAAUUGUUACAAAUCAUGAAGCGCAACACUUCCCAGGAUGCCGAUUAAACAGGAAUUAUGAAAGGAUUAAGUUAGAUCACAAUAUUGGCCAACUAUUAUUUGAUCGUGUUCUUUGUGAUGUCCCAUGCAGUGGAGAUGGUACCCUUCGUAAGGCACCUGAUCUCUGGAGAAAAUGGAACACGGGGAUGGGACAUGGCCUUCACAGCCUACAAGUUUUAAUUGCUAUGCGAGGUGAUUUUCAAUUCUGUUCUAUAAUGGAUAGUUUGGUGCCUUCCGUCACUGGUCUUGCGGUUUUGUUUCCGUAUAUGGACAGAAUACAUUUACUCAAAAUUGGUGGAAGAAUGGUUUAUUCAACCUGCUCAAUGAAUCCUAUUGAGAAUGAAGCUGUGGUUGCUGAGGUUUUGCGAAGGUGUGGAGGGUCUGUUAAACUUGUUGAUGUCUCUAGUGAGCUUCCACAACUUAUUCGUCGACCUGGUCUCAAGAAAUGGAAGGUAUAUGACAAGGGCUCUUGGUUGGUCUCUUAUAAUAAUGUUCCUAAGUUUCGUAGGAGUGUAAUUCUUUCCAGUAUGUUUCCUUCUGGAAGAGGUCAUCAUGAUGCUGUUGAUAGUAGUUGUAAUGUUAACGUAGAAGAGGUUACUAAUGGUGUUAAUGGAAAUGCUGGAGAUGGUGUUCAACCAGUACAGAAUCCUGUGAUCUCUGAAUCUGUUGAAGAAGUUUCCGAUUUCCCUCUAGAGCAUUGCAUGAGGAUAUUGCCUCAUGAUCAGAACACUGGAGCCUUCUUCGUUGCUGUUCUGCAAAAAGUUUCUCCUUUGCCAGUAUUUUCAGAAAAAACAAAAUUAAAAAUUGAUGAGCAAUAUGAAGAACCAGCAAACCAGAGUCUCAAUGAUGCACAAGUACAACAGAUCACUUCACCAGAAUAUGCACACGAAGAAAAUUUGAAAGAAGCUUCAGAGGAAAAUUUAGAUGACAAUGAACCCAAUACUGAAGAUAUGGAAGAUGAUCCCGUUACAUGUGAAGAACAUAGUGCCAAGGAAACUCACGUGGCUGAUAAUGUGCAAAACAUAACGAAGAGGGUUCCAGAAAAAAGAAAACUACAAAUUCAAGGAAAAUGGAGGGGUGUUGACCCUGUUGUCUUUUUCAAAGAUGAAACAAUUAUUAAUAGCAUAAGGGAUUUUUAUGGAAUUAAUGAGCGUUUUCCAUUCAAUGGUCACCUUGUUACAAGAAACAGUGAUACAAAUCAUGUGAAAAGAAUUUAUUAUAUCUCCAAGUCAGUCAAGGAUGUUCUUGAGUUGAACUUCAAAGUGGGGCAACAACUUAAAAUAACCUCAGUUGGCCUGAAGAUGUUUGAAAGACAAACAGCACGAGAAGGUAGCUCUGCACCAUGUGCUUUCCGGAUAUCAUCUGAAGGAUUGCCCCUUGUUCUCCCAUAUAUAACCAAACAGAUUUUGCAUGCAUCUCCCGCAGACUUUAAGCAUCUUCUGCAGAACAAAGAAGUAAAAUUUGAAGAUUUUACUGAUCCCAAAUUUGGUGAAAAGGCAGCAAACCUAUUGCCAGGCUGUUGUGUGGUAAUUCUGAGUAUAGGAAAUACAGUUGCUGUAGAGUCUCUCCAAGUGGAUGAGUCAACGAUAGCCAUUGGAUGCUGGAAGGGUAGGGCGAGAUUGUCUGUGAUGGUUACUGCAAUGGACUGCCAAGAACUACUUGAAAGGCUUCUGAUACGUUUUGACAAUGUCAAUGCUUCAGCUGGGCAUGUCGACGAAUCCUCUAAUGAUGAGAAAGAAAUACAACCUGUGCAAGCGUUCAACGGUAAAAAUGAUGACAAUGAUGGUGGAACGCGCUGA